AAAAAAAAAAGUAAUAAUUAAAUUAAAACAUAAUUGUUAGUUUACGUGAUAGUGUAUAAACUUACUAAUUCAUGUUUUUAUCAAUUUUACAGGAAUUGAUCUUCAAAAAUAAACCUGCAAGAUGUCAUAUGAAGAGCGAUUUUGAAUCACCACGAACAAACAAUGUCAUAUUGCCAUGCUGGAUGGCAGUGCAUAUUUGCUGUAAGAGCCAAGGUGAUUCAAGUACUUGGAGUCGGAAGAAUGGUUGGUCGUUGCCCCUGCAUCCUCUUCAAGUGCUGGCAUGGUUUUUCUUGCUUCUCUUUGCGGUGUUAUACUUUGGUGUUCUGGUUUCUUCCAUUCCCUGUGGACUUUGGCAGAUAAUGGCUUAUGUUGUUUUAAGUGUUGUCUACGUUAUUCACAUUGUAAUUCACGUGAUCGGUGUGAGUCUCGACCCUGCAGACCCCAACGUUCUUGCCAAAAACGUUAGCGGACCGUGCCUCGCGUUUGAUCGCAGCACUCACACACAUGUGAUAGAGAAUCAGUUGUGUUACAUCUGUGGGGUAAAAGUGUAAGUGUCGUGUGUGUUGCUUUUGUAAAUCACGUUAGGUAUCGAAUCAGAUUGAUUUAACUUCUGUAGAGGGUACAACUUUAUGAUUUUGUAAACUCAGACAUAACUUCUGUUAAAGAAAUGUUAUUUUUCUAUUAAAGAAAUAGAUAAAUGGAAUAGUUUGUCUUCAAGUAAGGUAGAGUCUGAAAAGUUGGAUAUUAAGAGUAGUGGACCAAUGGAAUUGUUAAUGUUCAAGUAUUAUAGAAGUUACAGAAGUUUAAUAGGAG